CAACCCUGUUUCCAUUCCAUCGCUGACUGUUGUUGAUGCUGGAAGUGUUGUAGGUCGUGCAGCAGUCUUCACUUCGUGAUGUUUCUACCCAACAUGCAGGGCGAUAUGCACUUCAAACCCAGCCGAGACAGAUUCUACACGACGCGAUGCUGUGGUUGCUGUCAUGUCCGGACAGGAACUAUCAUCCUUGGGACGUGGUACAUGGUGGUGAACCUCCUGAUGGGGAUCCUGUUGACGGUUGCCGUGACGCAUCCUGAGAACGUUCCGGCCGUCAACCUGCAGUACGAAGCCAUCGAGCACUACCUGGCGUCCGACAGGGUCUCAGAGAACGCGUGUGUGGGGUUCGCCAUCUCCCUCCUCAUGGUCUCCAUCAGCGCCAUGAUGGUGUACGGAGCCAUCACGCAUCGUGACGGCUGGUUGAUCCCAUUCCUCUGCUACCAGAUGUUUGACUUCAUCCUCAGCUGUCUGGUGGCCGUCAGCUCCCUCACAUACCUGCCCCGCAUUAAAGACUACCUAGAGCAACUGCCUGACUUCCCCUACAAGGAUAAUCUGCUGUCUCUGGACUCCAGCUGUCUGCUGCUCUUCGUCCUCGUCUUCUUCGCAUUCCUCAUCAUCCUCAAGUCCUACCUGAUUAACUGCGUGUGGAACUGCUACAAGUACAUCAACAACAGGAACAUGCCCGAGAUCGCCGUCUACCCCGCCUUCGAAACUCCUCCCCAGUAUGUGCUUCCCACCUAUGAGAUGGCCAUGAAGAUGCCAGAGAAGGAACCGCCCCCUCCCUACAUGCCCGCCUAGAUUACCCACAAUGCACCACCACCUCCCUCUCCCUACAUGCCCGCCUAGAUUACCCACAAUGCACCGCC